GUGAGGGGUGAGUCAUUGAACAGAAUUCAGUGUGUAAAGUCGCCUUCACAUACCUAGAAAAACUUUAGUGGUUGGAUAUUUCCGUUUUUGCACUUAAUUCAGCUUUAUCAGUAACGAUGUUGACUUCACAAUUACUGUCUGGUGCUCGUAAUUUGGGCCAAAUUGCUCGUCGCAACUUCGGAAUUGCUGCUCCAGCACUUCAGAAGGUCUCUGAUCCAAUUCAGCAAAUGUUCCUUGAUAAAAUCCGUGAAUACAAGUCCAAGAGCUCUGGUGGAAAGUUGGUCGAUGCUACCCCAGAAAUCACAAAAGAGCUUGCACAAGAAUUAGAUAAAUUAGCUAAGCAAUACGGCGGUGGGGCUGGAGUUGACAUGACCAAAUUCCCAGAAUUCAAAUUCGAUGAACCAAAAAUUGAUCCAAUCAACUCGGAGAAUUAAGUUUAAUAACAUCCAGCUUAUAAUAAGAACAGACUUGAAAAUUUCCCGAUUUAAAAUGCAAAAAGAGAAUGUUUUGUGAAAUAUUUAGGAAUACAAAAAAUUGGUUUAGUUGAA